AACCAAUUAGACGUUCGAUAUGCAUUGAAUUGAUUGGCUAGUUGGGUUAGAGCGAAAGCAUUUGUUAUUGUAGCACUUCAAGAUGGUCUCUUCUAUGACUAACAAGCAUCAAGAGCGUGUUACACACAUUUACCUUGGUGUACAAACUCGACGACCUCUUACAGACUACGAAAAUCAAAGCCGACGUAGACUUACACCGCGAACCUGUUUGUAGUUAAUCUCAGGAAGUUUAGUGACUUCCAUCAAUGUACAAGCAAGUUGGGAGCUUGUUCAUCUUACAAUGUUAGACGUUGAUAUUUUAUGGAGGUCAGUCGGUAAUAUGAAUGCGACGUCUGUUAACAACUUUCAUACCUUGACGUACGAUCUAGAAGGAACAGAAGUUGAAGAAACUAUUAUUGGUGGGAGUUCCACAGGAGAAUUGCAAAAUACUUUGGGCAAUAAUCUUAAUCUUCGUUUGGCGAAAAAAAAUCACGAUGAUAAUGAAAAAAGGCAACCAAACUAUUGGCCAAGUUCAACAGAAGAGUCAAAACAAAAUGUUACAACUGAGCUUGUGAAUAAAUCUAAUGAGGGACAAUGGAAUUUAAUUAAAGUUCGUGUAGGUUUUGAUGUUACACGUAAAGGUGAAAGAAGUCUAGUUAUCGAUGGAUAUAAAUUUACAAAAUCAAGAGAUGGAAUGGGUGAUCGUGUAUUUUGGCGAUGUUCUCGUCGUGAAUGCAAAGCUACAGCAGUUACUGUUUCAAAUAAAGUAGAGCAUAUAAGAUCGAUUCAUUCUCAUUUACCACCAGUAGCUGCAGAAUUUUUUUCUGAUGAUUCUUCUCGUUGUGAACAAGAAGUACGAUUUAACAAUUUAGUAUAUACUCAACGUUCUCGUAUACGUAGACGUAGCCAACCGAAUCCUUCUAUGAAACUAUCAAAACAAUCGGUAACGAAACCCUGUUUUCUUGAAAAAAUAAAAGAAUUAGCCAGCCCAACUUCAUAUUCUGUAACAUCAAAUGCAGUUUCACAUAAAAUCUAUUCUUCAAACCUAAGAAGUAUGGAUCUUCCAAAUGAUUUGUGCAUUGAUUCAAAUGAAUAUGCAUCUCCUAUAAAGAGAAGACAUUGUUCUGAUCAAGACCUAUCUGAUUACUCAACUUUACAAACAAUGUCUGCCCUUUUAACCAAAUGGGUCGAUUCGAAACAAGUGAAUAUAGAAAACGACGAGGCAAAAAAACCUCUCUGUAAUACUUCAAAAUGUAUUUUACCUCCAAAGAAAUUGUCAAAUAAUAUCUUGACUAGUGAAGAAUGCCAGUUAUUCAAUAGUAAUUCAGCUUUAGAUGUAAAUAAUUCUUUGAAUUCAACUCACAGUGAUGUAUAUGAGGAUUCCUUGUCAAAAGUAUCAAAAUCAGAAAGUUUCAAAAAAUUAACUACCCCGGCCACUUCAUCGAACAAUAUUUAUAAUCAUAGUUCAGAAAAUGAUUUAAUAGGAAUAAAUAAAACUUCUCAGAUCAUCACACGGAACGGUACUACUACUGAUGAAGACGAUAGUAAUCAAGACUUUGUAAAUGAUAAUUCACUAAGAAAUUCCAUAAUUAAUAAUAUGUCGAAAACUCAGCAAUCUGAUAUAAGUUUACCUUCAAUAGACGUCAGUCCUCUUGAACACAACUGUCAACGUCAAAUUAUUCUCCUUAAUAACGAACAAUUGAGUGAAUUAUUAAAAAUAAUAAAUUACAGUCGAAUCAACAAUAUUCCAAUCCAAAGUGAAUCUAUGAGUUCACCUUCUUUACAAACAUCAAGUUUAGUCAAUGACAAUUCACUUAAUUCUAUUGGGUUGUUCACAGCAUCCGAUCCUAAUUUAACUGGAGGUUUAGCACAGUGCACUACUACUUAUUGCUGUUCACAUUAUCCAAGACUUAACAGUAGAGUUGUUAAUCGCGAUAAUGAUUGUUGUAUACCAUCAUCUCAUCAUAUUUCCUGUCCUAAAAACCUAAAUUCAAAUCCAACUGUAUAUUCUUCUUUCAACAAUUGUUCGAAUAAUUUAUUCAAUAAAAUGUCCAAAUCAUUGGCAGUCAGUGAGACCAAUAUUGACGGCUGUGACACUCAUGUAAAUGGUCACAAAUCAUCAUCUCCGAAUUUUCUAAUUCAUUGGAAAAAGGAGAAAAUACGUGAAUCUGUUGAAGAAGACGGAGUCAAUUCGUUGAAUGGAUUCUAUGAUAAUAAUGAUACAUUUUCACAUCAACUUUAUCAAGAUAAAGAUCAUAAUACAUUGGAAAUGGUAGAUAAUCAUCAAAUAUCGGUUAAUAAUACUCCUUUGACGAAUUGUUCAUCACAAUUAUUUUCUCAUGGUAUAAACAAUAAAUUUUCCAGUUACAAUACAUUUAGUUCAAAUUCAAGGACUACAAAUACUACUAAUACUUAUGAUAGCAGUAGCAAUAGUAGCGCACGUGAAUUAAUUCAAAGUCAAUCUGAAAUUACUAUUCAGUCAUCAGACGAUGACCAAUUUCUAUAUAAUCAAAUCCAAGAUGGUAUUCUCAUGAAAAUACUUAAUACAGUACAGCAGUUAACCGCUAAGCUUGAUGCAGAUGCUGAUCCACCUGAAGUAAUUCAAAAUUGUCGAGCUAUUCAAGCUUGUCUAGAUACAAUUACUGCUAUAAAAAGAGCCAAAUCAAAUCAGUUCUUUAUUGAUAAAUUAGAAGAAACACGUUCAACUAAUAAACUUGAAGAGUCAAAUGAUAAUUUACAACCCAGAGAAUUCACCUCCAAGAAUCAAGAAAAUCUCCAACUGUUUUCGCCUAAUUUCAUUCCAUCAUAAUCGUUGUUCUAUUUGUUACCGUUGCUGGUAUUCAGAAGUAUUAAUAAUUGUAAUACUAAUAAUAAACAGUAAUUUCUUUGCUAACCGGGUUAGUUUUAUUAUAGAAAAGAAAAAAGAUUCAGUUUCUUUUUUUACACAAAAGUAAAUAAUACUACACUUUUAAAGGAAUUAUGGUUAUUUUCGUAGUUAUUUUUCUGUGGAAGGUUUUUUUAUGCUUUAUUACUUUUAUGAUACUGUGCAUUACUUGGAUAUAUUAGCUAUUGUUUAUAUUAUUCCUAAUUCAUAUUCAAUCUUUGGGUUCUUCCAAUCAAAUAGUUUUUAUGUUAUAUUGUAUCAGUAAUUAAAAUAAAAAAAGAAGUUAGAUAUUAUCAUUAUUCAUUUUUAGCCGCAUUUCAUAUAAUUACAAGAUUUUAGUAUUUUACUCCUUAAGAGUGUAUGUCAAUACAUUGAACACUGAAUGGUAAUAAAUCAAUAAACAAUCCGUUCAUCUUUACUAGUUCCGAUAUUUUUGCUCUGUUAUUACGUAUUCUUGAUGUGUACAACAUAACUAUUAUACUAUUUUUACAGUUUUCUGGACCAUAAUAAUUUUCAUAUUUGUAUUUUAAUGAUGAAGAAUUUUUUUUCUUGAAAUCGUGUUACACACAAGUUACAUACUGACAAGUAAACCUUCAUACAU